AGACAUUCUCUGAUUAUCAAGAAGCCGCCACCAGUAGCUAUGAAUAAGAAGAAGGCGUGCACCGAAUGUAGGCAGCAGAAGGCUAAAUGCGAUGCAUACUUGAACUCAAGCGAUGCUUGUUCGCGAUGUAAACGAGUCGGGUUGCAAUGCACCAUCUCCGAUCCGUUCAAGAGAGAGAAUAAACGCCAGAGAUUAUCAGAGCUUGAGCAAGAGACAGACACUCUACGGAAGCGUCUCAUGACAGAAGAUGUCCAAUCCGGCGUCAUCGAGCCCGUGCAAACAGAGCGCCACGACCACUCUAAUAUACCUUCUCACUCUCAAGCUUCAUCAGCGAGAUACUACAGUGUCUCUAGUGGAGAAUCGCCUUUCCAGACUCUUGGCUCAACAUCUCUCGCUACGCCUUCUAAUGCAACUAACAAUGCAACAUUAUAUGGGCAAGCACUAAUGACAACCCCUCGAACGUUGGAUGGAGUGACCGUAUCCGCCAGUGAUAUCAAUGGUAUCUUCGAUCUGUACUUUCGGGAGUACUCACAAUUCCUACCCGUCCUCGAACCUAUGCCGUCGCCAGAUUUGUGCUAUCAGCAAUCUUCUGUGCUAUUCUGGAUCAUCAUUGGAACUGCUUGCAGAAGCUAUUCACGAAACCCAACUCUUCUAAGCGCACUCACGAGAGGCAUCACUAAUGCGGCCUUACUGUCCGUAAACACCACUGGAUCACCUUUGCAGCGUGUUCAGGCGCUUCUGCUGUUGGUCACAUGGCCUCUUCCCGACGCUGUCGAGACUAACCAACAAGAGAUGACCUAUGUCUUUGCCGGUCUUCUACUGCAUCUGGCGCAAAGAAGUGGGCUACAUGUGCCUGCCGGCUCUGACGAGUUUUUCAGAGCCAAAACACCCAAUCUUCCGGACAUAGGCAUAGCUCGUCGAAAUGAGCUCUGGGCACAAAUCGUACUGACUUAUCAAAGGAGCUGCAUAUGCAAAGGUUUCUUAGCACGCACUUCUUUCGACAUGUCUCCUGAGAUGAGCCAGAGUCACUCUCGGCAGCAAACACUAUCCUCAGCACUGAAGCUGCGCAUCAAGUGGCAGGAUCUAUGUGUCCAAUGCGGCUCGGCUGUGUCAGAAAAUGGAAUACGCAACUUGACUCCUGAUCAAGAUCGCGCGCUUUCAAUCAUUAUCAAAACGUAUGAACUCCAGGUUAGAGAUUUAGAGUCUACUGCCUCAGAUGACUCUGACCGACUUGAAUGCAACAUUGCUCGAUUUUACAUCCGAAGUUUCUACUUUUUGAAGCAGGACAAGACAUCAUAUGCCGCCAGCUUCGACAAGAUCCAGCAAACUGCCCGCCAAAUCAUCGCCAAGGUGGAAAGGCUCAUUCACAGUGUCUCGAAUCCAGUAUCGAUACCGAACUAUAUUGUCUGCGCUCUUCUGUUUGCCGCCUACGCCCUCCUCCGCAUCUUGAAAUCAUCUAUUCCUUUUCUCUCUGGCGAGUGUGAGGAAGCAAAGUCAUCGCUCUUUACCACCAUCAGUUUGUUAAAGCGCCUCUCUAUAGAUGCCAACGACAUGUGUUCCAAAUCAUGCACAUUUCUUACACAACUAUGGAAUAGUCCGAGGGCGUUCAAGAAAGCAGAUGGGACUGAUAUGCUGGAUCUGAGAGCGAGGAGCCGGCUCAAUGGCAGCCAUGUCGUUGAUGCCAUUCUCUGGUGGCGAGAGGAAAAUGAUUCGCACUUCAGACUGCAGAUGCAGACCUUGAAAAAUAGCUCUAUAGAUCCGACAGAUCCACUAAGAUCGGGCGCUCAAUCUGGCCAUCCAGUCGAGAAAGAACAACAACAGCCAACGACGAUUGAUUUUGAUACCUCUUUGUUCGACUUUGACUACUUCAUGAGCGGCGAUCUUUCUCUAUCACAAGACCUCCUCAACUUCCCAGGUUUAGAUAUCAUGGGAUCAAGCAAUACAUAG